UGACUUGAAAUUUACCGGCAAGAUUACUUUUGACGCGCAUGUGCAUCUACUUGUGGUAGUCGCUAUAAAAAUAACUACUGUUAGCAUAUACACUUCGGAAAGAAAAUUUUUGAAAAAAUUAUACUUGGAAUAAAAUAAAAAAUAAAUAUUUUUUAUGUCUAUAACAUCUAAAAUGGUACUUAUAACUAGUACAAUUGCUUCUCUUGGUUUAAUUAUUUACAUUCAUUAUAAACAAGAAUUUGAUAGGAAAAAACUUUCUUUGGGAAUAAUGAAAGAUCUGGACAAACAGAGACGACGGAAAAUAGAAAAUAUUUAUUUAUUUGAUCAACAACAAAAAAUUACUAAGGAUCUUGAAAAUAAUAUUAAAAACAUAGCGAACAUUGAUAAAAAGAUGUAGCCAUACAUAUUUGAUAAGAAAUAAACAGUUGUACAUAAUCAUUUUAUUAUAUUAAGAAUAUAAUUAUUCAAU